AUGGGCUUCUCGGAUGUUGACAAGCUUGCGAUCAACACGAUCCGCACCCUCGCUGUCGAUGCCACCUUCAAGGCGAACUCGGGCCACCCUGGAUCCCCAAUGGGAAUGGCCCCUGCUGCUCAUGAGCUCUUCAACAAGUUCAUGACCUUCAAUCCCGAUAACCCGAAGUGGGCCAACCGGGACCGUUUUGUCCUCUCAAAUGGUCAUGGAUGCAUGCUUCAACAUGCACUUCUCCAUCUUUGCGGAUACGAUCUCAGCAUGGACGAUAUCAAGAACUUCCGAACGCCUGGACAUCCGGAGUCCUUUGAGACACCUGGAGUCGAAGUUACAACAGGUCCUUUGGGCCAAGGCUUUGCAAAUGCGGUUGGUUUGGCCAUUGCACAAGCACACAUUGCGGGGGUGUUCAACAAACCUGGGCAUAAUUUGAUCAGCAACCGGGCGUUUUGUUUCUUUGGUGACGGAUGCGCCAUGGAGGGAAUUGCCAGUGAAGCGGCCUCCCUUGCCGGACAUUUGUGGUCCCGCAAGAACGAGUGUGCAAAGAACGGCAAAGCCAAAGAGAACGACUGGAAUAACCAACUUGCGAGAUAUGCGGAAGAGUACCCGGCAGAGUACGCCGAGUUCGUUCGUCGCACUGAAGGUAAACUACCGGACGAUCUGGAAGCUACUCUCCCUGAAUACUGUGCUUCUGAUGCCGCUGUUGCUUCCCGAAAACUCUCUGAAACGGUUUUGGAGAAGAUUAACAGCAUUAUCCCGGAGCUGUUAUCUGGCUCUGCGGACCUGACCGGUUCAAACAACACUCGCUGGAAAGGAGCCAUCGACUUCCAGCCUCCCGAAUACGGAAUUGGAGAAUGGGAUGGUCGCUAUAUCCGUUAUGGUGGUCGAGAACACGCAAUGGCUUCGAUCAUGAAUGGCCUUGCGGCAUAUGGCCUGAUUGUUCCCCUAAGUGGUGGCUUCUUGAACUUUGUCUCAUACAAUGCACCCUCUAUUCGUCUCGCAGCAUUGAGCAAGCUGCGCGUGAUUCAUAUCGCUACACACGAUUCGAUUGCCCUAGGCCAAGAUGGACCUACCCACCAACCGAUUGAAGUUCUCAGCCAUUUCCGUGCACGUCCGAAUUGCAUGCAUUCUUCGCUCACUCGCCAGAAUUUGCCCCACCUCAAGAACUCCUCUGUCCAAAAGGCUUUAAUGGGUGGCUGUGGCUAUAUGGUGUUAGACUCAGCCAAUGCUGCCGUGACUCUGGUUUCCACAGGCUCUGAGGUUAGCGUUUGCCUCCAAGCUGCUGCGAUCCUAGAGAAGCAAGAUAUUUCCGCUCGAGUCGUGUCUAUCCCUUGCUUUGAGGUAUUUGAUCAACAAGAGGAAUCCUAUCGCCUGCAAGUGCUUCCUGAUGACAUCCCCAUCUUGUCGGCGGAAGCUGCGUCUACAUUGGGCUGGGAGCGCUACUCUCAUCAGCAGUUUGGCAUCAACCGUUUCGGAGCCUCUGCACCCCCUGACGAGCUCUUCAAGAUGUUCAAUUUGACGCCCGAGGGAGUUGCGAAGCGCGCAGCACUAACGGUAUCUUUCUAUGCCGGAACAUUGUCUGUCGGCAAGCAGACGGUUUUGUCCCCGAUUCGACGGGCAUUUGCACAGAUUUUGUAA